GGUAACUUAGUCGCCUGGGCAACCACCGCCCACCUGGCGCGGCGCUAAAAGGCGGGCAAGUCAGUCCUCACCCUUGUCGCGAUUCGCGCAAGAAGCUCACGGUGCAUUCCAGUUUGCUAUAUUUGUUUUGUCUUGUCUUAUUAUUGAAUAUACCCUCCAAAAGUUUAGAGCGUGGAGUGCCCGAUAUCAGACUGCUCCAACGGAAUCUGUGCCAGACAGAUAGUGUUUUACCAAGCUUGCCCCCGCAGUGAAGAGAUAGCCAGACUACAGAGUUCUUCAUGGCGUCUUUCAUAACAACCAUCAAUGCGCGAUCAAAGGGGCAGUUUAGGCCGAGAACGUCGCAUAAGGGAACAACCAACUACCAACUGAGGCAGUUCGCAGAGGCUACUCUCGGAAGCGGGAGUCUAAGAAAGGCGGUGAAACUUCCAGACGGCGAAGACUUGAAUGAGUGGCUUGCAGUGAAUGUUGUGGACUUUUAUAACCAGAUCAACCUGCUUUACGGAUCAAUUACGGAAUUUUGUUCCCCGCAGUCAUGCCCUGAAAUGAAGGCUACAGACGAAUUUGAGUACUUGUGGCAAGAUUCGGAGAAUUACAAACGGCCUACGAAAAUGUCGGCCCCACAAUAUGUUGAGCAUUUGAUGGCUUGGGUGCAGAGCAACAUUGACAAUGAGCAAAUGUUUCCCAGUCGAAUUGGUGUCCCUUUCCCGAAAACUUUUACUAGUCUUUUGCGCCAACUGUUCAAACGCCUCUACCGAGUUUAUGCGCAUAUAUACUGUCAUCAUUAUCCGGUGAUUGUACAUUUGGGCCUCGAGCCACAUCUUAACACCAGUUUCAAACAUUACGUGCUCUUCGUGGAGGAACACAACCUGGCUAGUGGGAAGGACUUCUGGGGCCCGCUAGGUGACCUGGUGGAAAGUAUGCUUCGCAGCGACUAGAAGGACGCGUGGAUUAAAAAGAUAUUGCGUUGAUAUUGAUAGGAGCGGUAUAUUUUUCUUGGUUCUUUUAUCAGAGUACGAGGGCAGGGAAUUAUGUUACUCUAAAAGGAUGUCGGAGUCUUUGGGUUCUCUUCUCUCCUAAUAGCAUGGGAGCUGGCGUUCGUGGCUGGGGUGUAUGUUACUGCAACAAGCAAUCCUUUUAGAAUCUAUGAUAUUAUGCAUUAUGUUUUACUCCCAGACCAUUUUUCAACAUGGCUCUACGUCAUCCCGAGAGCUGAGAGUCACUAUGACAAAUACUAUAUCAUAUCGUACUUAAAACCACCAGUUGAUUUUCAUGGUCA